AUGAGCUACACCAGCGACCUGCUCUACCCACCCUCCUCCUAUAAGAAGAUCUUCGGGGAAACUUCUCGUCUCUCUAGCAGGGUCUACAGCAGCCCGGCACCUCCCCGGGCUGCCGGCUACCGCGCCCACCAUGCCAGGGACUCCUACCCCACCUCCUAUCGCAAGCUGGCCGGGCCCAGCUCCGCGAACCACCUGGAGCUGCUCUCCCAGUCCAGCGCGGUGAGCAACGAGCUGAAAAUCGUGCGCACCAACGAGAAGGAGCAGCUGCAAGGGCUCAACGACCGCUUCGUGACCUACAUCGAGAAGGUACACCAGCUGGAGCAGCACAACCGGCUGCUGGAGGCCGAGGUCUCCCUGCUGCGCCAGCGCCAGGCGGAGCCCUCCCGCCUGCAGCAGCUCUACGAGCAGGAGAUUCGCGAGUUGCGCUCCAAGGUGGAGGAGCUGCGCCACGAGCGGGACGAGGCGCAGCUGGAGAGCCAGCAGCUGGCGCAGGGGCUGCAGCGCCUGCGGGAGCAGUGCCAGGAGGAGGCGCGCCGGCGGGAGGAGGCCGAGCUGGCCCUGCGCGAGUACAGGAAGGACGUGGACCACGCCACCCUGGCCCGGCUGGAGCUGGAGAAGAAGGUGGAGUCGCUGCUGGACGAGAUCGCCUUCCUCCGGAAGGUGCACGAGGAGGAGGUGGCGGAGCUGCAAGCCUCGCUGCAGGAUGCGCAGGUCUCAGUGGAGGUGGACGUGAGCAAGCCUGACCUCACGGCCGCCUUGAAGGAGAUCCGCAUGCAGUAUGAGGUCCUUUCCGCCCGGAACCAGCAGUCCGCCGAAGAGUGGUACAAAUCCAAAUUCGCCAACUUCACCGAGGAGGCGGCUCGCAGCAGUGACAGCAUCCGCCAGGCCAAGGAGGAGAUCACGGAGUACCGGCGCCAGCUGCAGGCCCGCAACAUCGAGGUCGAGGCUCUGAGGAAUGCCAACGAGUCCCUGGAGAGGCAGCUGCAGGAAGCGGAGGAGAGGAGCAAUGGGGAGAUCCAUAAUCUGCAGGAGACGAUUAACCAGCUUGAAAAUGCUCUAAGGACGACCAAGGGAGAGAUGGCUCGUCACCUCCGAGAGUACCAAGACCUGCUGAAUGUGAAGAUGGCCCUGGAUAUUGAAAUAGCUGCAUACAGGAAAUUACUGGAAGGGGAGGAAACGCGGCUAAGCACCGUCAGCAGCGGGAACACCUUCGGCCUUGGCUACACGUUCUCAUCUAGCCCUUUCGCCGGCGCAAAAGCCUUCUCCGCCAGCACGGUCACUGUCAGGAGGGAGGAGAAGCGAGACCUGCAGGAAAGCAUCAAGGACCCCAGACUUUCAGAGGAGCCGAAGCCUGCCGAGGAAGAUCAGCCCGGAGAAGAAAAGGUCGAAGCCGUCCCAGCCAAGAACUAA